AUGGAUCAUCAUAGUCUUUUUCCUUCCAAUGAGGAAUUACCAAACCCAUUUCCAGAUUCAAUUCUAGACCCUCUCUGCAAGCUCAAAACCUCAGAUUUCGUUGUUAAUCCAUUGCCAAUGUCCGAGGAUUCUGUUCAUAUUAGAAGAAGGAGAAUGAGAGACAGAGUUGAAGCUCCUCCAACACCUGGCCGACCCAUUUUUGGAUUCAGCUCUUCAAGAAAAGGGUUUCCUUCUAAAUGGGAUGAUGCUGAAAAAUGGCUUAAUAAUAAUGGUGGUCAUGAAUCCCCUGCACAUCUUCAUCUUGCUUUGUUAAAUCCAUUACAAGAAGAACACAACAACAACAACAACAACAACAACAAACAAGAUGACAACAUUUCGGAGAAAUCAAGGCUUGUUACAGAUAAGUUCACAUGUGAACUUGAAGAAGUAGAGACAGAAACAAGUUCAGAUGGAUUCUUUUUCGGAAACAUAAUAGAAAGUCCAAUGAAAGAUGCAUCAACAGAGGUUAUUAACCUUAAUAAUAAACACAAACAUAGAGACAUUGGAACAGAGAUGACUCCACUUGGAAGUUCCACCACUUCUAGAUGUCACACACCAAUCAAAACCCCUUCUUCUCCAGCCAGACACAACACACCAGCAAACCGGUCUGGUCUAUUGACUACUUCACAACACACAAUUGACAUCUCUCAAUUACAUGACUGUCAUUUGGCCAAGUUACAGUUUGAUUCUGUUGUCUCAACUUGGAACUCCAGGGAAGAGGAAGAAGAAGAGAUUUCAAAGAGUCUUAGGCAUUUUGAAUUUAGAAAAAGUGUUUCAGAAACUACUAGACCUAAUUUUUCUUCAACUCCUUCUCCUUGGGAAGAAGAUGAAAAGAACAAGUCUUGUCUUAGAUAUCAAAGAGAAGAAGCAAAGAUUCAAGCUUGGGUGAAUCUUCAAAAUGCUAAAGCUGAAGCUAGGUCAAGAAAACUUGAGGUAAAAAUACAAAAGAUGAGAUCAGAAAUGGAAGAAAAACUGAUGAAAAGGAUGGCAAUUGUUCAUAGAAAAGCUGAAGAAUGGAGAUCAUCAGCCAUGGUUCAACAUUCUGAACAAAUUCAAAAGCUUAACAAAAAGAAGAUGGUUGAUGAUCAUGGCUCAAUCAAGAACUAUCAUCAUCAUCAUAAUCAUGCUGGUUCUUGUGCUUGUUGUUUCCCUUGUACUACUAGUAAUACUAGUAGUAUCUAUCACCAUUAA